AAUGCUCCUCGCUGCGGUUUGAUCGAGGCCGCGGCCCCCCGAACCCUCGCCUCGCCUCCCCCUCCCGCCGCCGUCAUGGACGACGACCGCGACCACGACCAGGACCCCGAUGCGUCGUCGCCGGCCGCGCCGUGGCGGCGGUCCGUGAAGCGGAAGCUGGGCGCGGAGGCGGGGGACGAGGCGGGCCCCGCGGCGCGGGUCGAGGCGGAGGACGAGCGCGCGGCGCUGCGGGAGGCGGCGGCGGCGGCCCAGUCCACGGCGUCGGCGCUGCGGGUCGAGGUCGAGGAGGAGCGCCUCGCCGCGGCCAGCGCCGCCAGCGAGGCCAUGGCCAUGAUGCUCCGCCUGCAGCGCGACAAGGCCGAGGUCCAGAUGGAGCUCCGCCAGUUCCGCCGUUUCGCCGACGAGAAGAUGGCGCUCGACGCCGCCGAAAUCGACCAGCUCCGCGCGCUCCUCGCCCAGCGCGCGCGCCGCCUGCUGCGCCUGCGCUCCAGGCUCCGCGAGUACAGGCUGCAGUGCCUCCACCUCGGCAUCCCGCUUCCCGAGGGCGAGGACCUCGUCGCCCAGAACGCCGCCGAGGAGGAGGAGGAGGACCUCCUCCUGCUCGAGGGCGAGGAGGGCUACAUCGUUGGCGAUGGAGGGUACUACUACCCUGAGCUCCGCUGCAACGACGGGGAGUACUACUACGAGGACGGGCGGGAGGAAGAGGACGUGGUUGCCCUCGAUCUGGAGCGCCGGAUCUGCCUUCUCGAACACGAUCAGGAACCUCGCCUGCUUGAGCCACCGCAUGAGAAAGAGGAAGGUACCCACCUUUACACAGAUGAAGUGUUGCCGGACAUGUCUGAACAUGAACUGGGUGGCCUCUAUGCCGACGAGAUGUUAUCUAAGGAGGAUGUGGAAACAAUGAACAACCUCCACAAUGAUGAUGAAGAACUGCCAGAGUCGCCUACUGCUGGAAAUGAUGACGGGGAGGAAGCAAGCGAGGCUGACGGUGCUGACAGUGUAAGUGGCAGUGGCAGUGAUAGGGUAUACACCAUUGACAAGGUGCAUCAAGGUGCAGCAAUGCCUAUUGCAAGGGUCGUGGAUAAGUACCAAGGGGAGGCAGUGGAGCCGGACAUUAAGAAGCUUUACAUGAGGCUGGAGGCACUGGAGGCCGAUAGGGAGUCGAUGAGGCAGGCCCUUGUGGCAAUGCGCACAGAGAAGGCACAACUUGUGCUUCUUCGUGAGAUUGCGCAGCAGCUUGCCAAAGAUGGAGUUCCAGUUGGGCCGGGAGCUGGGGCGGGGCCAGGUGUACACCAUUUGCCUAGAAAACACGCAGUUGGGAUUGUAGAAAGGAGAUUCACAGAGGACAAGAAGGCGAUACUUGUGAAGACAUUUUCCAUGGCUGCCUUGUUCAAGUGGAUCCUCGCUUUAUUGGGCAAGAAAAAGAAGCUAUCUCAAAGCAGGUAUACUUUUGGCUUAACAAAUAAUAAUGUUGGUUUGCUCAUACUCUUGGAUAAGUGCCCACGGAUCCAGAAAACCCUCACAAGAACAAAGUUAAACCUUGCCGAAAGAAGCAGCAGCAGCUGUACAAUGUAAAUAGAUAGCUUUCAGUUGGGAAGAUUGCAUUUCUUUUGUUAAUGUUUGGUGGAGCGAAAGUUCUUUU